AUGUCUUUCUCAAUGCCACCAUGGGUUAGAACAUUAUCUAUCAUUCAACGACACACUGCUCAUUAUAUCUACGCAAUAUUUCUUGUAUUUGGUGUUACUGGUUGUUGUCUUAAUAUUUUACUUUUAUGUGGUCGACGUAAAUUUCGUACAGUAACCUGUUGCGUAUAUAUGGCAGCAGCAUCUAUCAUUAUGUUGAUUAAUCUAUCUUUGGGUAUUGGAACGACUUUAUUUUUACUCAAUCCUAGACAUUUCUAUUUUUUAUCACCUACUUUUUCUCGAAUAAAUACAUAUUUACUUCAAGUUACAUCAAUGAUGUAUCGUUGGUGUUUAGUUGCAGCAAGUUUUGAUCGAUAUGCACUUACAUCAACAGAUUUAAAUUUAAGAAAUUUUGCUAAAAUGCAUGUUGCUCGUCGUACAAUUGUUAUUAUUAUAGUUGCUUGGAUUGUAUUACCUAUACAUAAUCUUAUCUAUAAUACUGGAAAUAUGAAUUCAAGUAAUAUUUAUUAUAAUGCUCCUUUAUUAUAUUAUCAUAGUAUAUUUACACUUACUGCUGGAUGUAUUUUUCCAGCAACAAUUAUGAUAACUUGUGCAUUUUUAACUCAUCAUAAUCUUGUUCUUAAACAAAAACGUCGUCAAUUUAUUAUAGCUCAACAUGGUGGAAAUAAUAUAGAAGCAAGAGAUCAAGAACGAAGACGUGAUCGACAAGUUUUACUAUUAUUAAUUGUUCAAGUUAUUGUAUUUCUUAUAACAAUAAUUCCAUUAAUGUGUUCUCAUUUUUAUAAUGCUAUGACACUUAAUAUUAAAAAUAAAUCAAUUGAACGAAUGACAAUUGAAAGAUUUGCUGCAUAUUUAGCAUCACUUAGUGUUUAUCUAUUUCCAACUUUAUCAUUUUAUUUAUAUACAAUGACUUCUACUAUGUUUCGUAGUGAAUUAAAAAAAUUAAUACGAUUUAUAGUACGAUGUAAUUGUUUACGUCAAAAUGUUCGUAUUGAACCAGUUGGAAACAAUAUUAAACAUCGACCAGUUACAAGACAUUAA